CGCGGAGUCAAGAAGUGUAGGAUCCACUUUCUAAGCCCAUUUCCAAGCUUCUUCCAAAGUCACUCAGAUUACCCUGUGUGUAUAUCUCAUAAAGGAGGUUAACAAACACCUGUAUGUUUUUCUAAUUCUAAUGUUGUUUUGGAUAUUCUAUAAAUAGCUUUACUCAGUUCCCUCAGUUCCGACCUUGAAUCUUCUUUCUUCAUCUUCAUCAUCCUAGCAAUAAUUGGAGUAGUGUUUGUUUGUUUGAGUCCCAAUUAUGUCUGUACUAGAGAUCAUAAGCAGGUUUUUGGAAUCGUUGCCAAUGGGAUUCGGAUUUCAUCCCACCGAUGAACAGUUGGUUGCUGGCUAUUUGAUCUCCUGGAUAUGGGGCGAUCAUUCCCAUUUGAAAAUGAAGAUACCAGGCACUGAUUCCCAGGUAGACAUCAUCCGCGAGGUUGAUGUCUGCCAAUGGGAGCCUGGGGAAUUACCAGCUGCACUGAAUCAUCCAGUUUUUUCAGUGUUACAAACAGAUGAUCCAGAGUGGUUCUUUUUCUCUCCCCUUCAUAAGAAGCCGUAAAAUGGCGGUCAAUUCAAAAGGGCAACAAAUAAGGGCUUUUGGAAAUCCACCGGUCCGGAUCGUAAAAUCAAGCAUCGGGGGCACAGGAGAGGUGAUUGGUACCAAGAAAACUUUGGUUUUCCAUGAAGGCCGUGGUCCUUCGGCCGUCAGAACCGGCUGGAUUAUCCAUGAGUACCACGCAGAUAAGAAAUUUGUUCGCGACGAUGAGACCUAUGUUGUGUGUCGCUUAAAGAGAGAAACAGGGUCUGGUUUUCCUCCACAAACCAACCUUAAUGGCAUGUUACCCAAUCCGUCAUCCAAUCAACAAACUUGGCUGAUGAAUAUGGACGUUGACGAUUCAUCUACAGGUACUGGGAUUCAUCUGAAUCCCCCACCCAACAGCAUGACCUCAGGUGCUGAUUGGAGCCACUAUGCUAUCAAUAUUGCUUCUGAUCCUAGAAAUUAUCUACCAAACGAUAUGACUCCAGAUGAUGAUCUUGCUAUUGAUUCGGCGGAUUCCUUUAUGACAGGAGAUCAGCUGUUGACAGUGGGAACCUGGGGCAUUGUUAUAUUGGCAGGCUAUUGACCUGCCCACAGACCCCAUUGAAGGGCGCACAUGGUAAGGGUGGUGGAUCAAGCAGUGACACAGACACUCAAGUGGCCCAAGUUGAGGCAAAAAUAUGCAAUGGAAAGGGUUCUUUCAAUUUCCCAGGGACAGCUUCUGCAGGCCAUGAACCAAGUUCCUCACCAGGUUAUCUUGUCAAUUUACUUGUGGGCAUACUAUUGUUGGUGAUUCUUAUUGCAGUUAUGGUGCGAGACAUCCGUGCAAAGUUUUAGAAGCCUUAGCCUUUACCUGGAGGUGAUAUUACCACAUUAGUUUUAGGCUUCUCUUAAAGCCGCAGCAAGCCAGCCAUUGACCAAAAAAUUCACACAGUGAGGAUUACUUUGUGGAUGAAAAUAUUGUGAUAUUGGGCCAAGGUUUGGGAUGGAACUUAUUUAUGUAAUAAAUUGAAUUUAAUGUUUAUUUC